AUGAGUGCGGUGUUCGCCGAUCAGUUGAAGAAGGUGCUGACUUCGUGGGAAGGCCCGCAGGUACGAACAGCAGGCGGUCACGUCAUAACACCAAAGGGAAGAUGCACAGCUCGUGUGGAUGUGGAAGGGCAUACGUACCCUACUGUUUUCGUCGUCUUGGACCAGUGCUCUCGGAACGUCAUUCUCGGUGCGGACUUCCUUUCGGCAAACAAAGCAAUCAUAGAUCUUCGAGCGCAAACAAUCACCCUGUCACCAGAUACGGGCGUCACGCGAAAUCCAAGUCCUGCAUUAUCAGCGGCGCUAAUGAUUCUCGAUGAGCACGUCACAUUGCCACCACGCUCGAGUGCUGUCAUCCCCGUGGGCGCUGACAGCGGCAUCUGCGCCGAAGGUUUGGUCGAGGCCAACCAGAGUUUGCUCUUUGAAAAAGGUUUGGCUAUCGCCAGAGGAAUCGUUCACAUCGUUGAAGGAACCGUCAGUGUACUAAUCACUAAUUUCUGCUCGGAAUAUCGUCACCUUGCAAAGGGCACCACUGUGGCACUAUUCGAGACCAUCCCGGGCAUAAGCGAUGUACUCACGAUCGACGACGCACUCCAUCCUCGUACACAUGACGUGUUCUUUAACGUGAAUCCGGCGUUGCCCCUGGAAAGACACGAAAGGCUGCGGAAACUGCUCUAUAGCUACCAGGAUUGCUUCGCCACAUCACCCAAGAUCCGCCAGACAACGCUUGUGAAACAUCGCAUCAUAACUGAUGAAAAUGUGCAACCAAGUCACCAAUCGCCGUACCGUGUGUCCAUGAAAGAGCGCGAGGCAAUCCGGAAACAGGUACAAGAAAUGCUUCAUGACAACAUCAUUGAGCCCUCCCAAAGCCCGUGGGCUUCCCCUGUAGUGAUCGUGAAAAAACGGGACGGCACUCCAAGAUUCUGCGUCGACUAUCGCCGACUCAAUAAGGUAACGAGAAAGGACGUUUAUCCGCUCCCUCGAAUUGAUGACGCCCUCGAUCGUCUCUGCAAUGCCAGAUACUUUUCAUCUAUGGAUCUAAGGACUGGCUACUGGCAGGUGGAAGUUGACGAAAGGGAUCGCGAGAAGACGGCGUUUAUUACACCAGAUGGACUAUACCAGUUUAAAGUCAUGCCAUUUGGACUUUGCACUGCCCCUGCAACUUUCCAAAGGGUAAUGGACACCGUAUUGGCUGGCCUGAAGUGGCAAACUUGUUUGGUGUACUUGGACGACAUCAUAGUCUUCGCUCCAUCCUUCGAGGAACACAUCAGCAGGUUAAAAGUGGUACUUGAUGCACUUAAGGCUUCAGGACUUACGUUAAAGCCCGAAAAAUGCCGUUUUGCCUACGAGCAGCUGAAGUUCCUUGGUCACGUCGUCAGUUCUGCCGGCGUUCUACCAGACCCAGAGAAGACAGCUGCAGUUCGAGACUUCCCGCAGCCCCGCGAAAAGAAGAGCCUCCGAAGCUUCCUCGGACUUUGCACGUACUAUAGGCGCUUUGUCAAGGACUUCUCGCAGGUCUCCGAGCCCCUGACACGUCUAACGAAAGAAGACAGCUCGUUUGUGUGGGAAGCACCCCAAGAAGAAGCGUUUCUGGAGCUCAAAAGACGUCUUCAAGCGCCCCCUAUUUUGGCCCACUUUGACGAGAACGCGGCAACAGAAAUCCACACCGACGCCAGCAGUGUCGGCCUCGGUGCCGUUCUUGUUCAAAGGCGGGACGGACGAGAACACGUCAUCGCCUACGCCAGUCGAUCUUUGUCUAAGGCAGAGUACAAUUAUUCCACGACCGAAAAGGAAUGCUUGGCAAUUGUGUGGGCAACUUCCAAAUUCCGCCCAUAUUUGUACGGCAGACCUUUUACCGUCAUUACCGACCACCAUGCUUUAUGCUGGCUUGCGAACCUAAAGGAUCCAUCCGGACGUCUCGCAAGGUGGAGCUUGCGGCUCCAGGAGUUCGACAUAUCGGUAGUGCACAAGAACGGAAGAAAGCAUUCCGACGCAGAUUGUCUGUCUCGAGCCCCGGUUGAGCAACCACCACCGUGUGCAGACGACGACGCCAGUUUCCUGGGCAUGAUCACCGCUUCCGACUUAGCCGCCCAACAACGGGCCGACCCUGAACUGAACUGUCUCAUUGAACAUCUUGAAAGAAAACGUACGGAGAUACCCAAAACUUUCAGGCGUGCUCUCUUCACACAUUCUGCUUAA